CCGUGCCAUAUUUCAGUAUGAUAGAUUUAAUUUGUUAGUAAACGCGGGCGCCCCGCGCCUCAAGCUGCUGCAGCUGUCCGACACGCACGUCGACCCGCACUACAAGGAGGGCUCGCUCGCGGACUGCGACCUGCCCCUCUGCUGCCGUGCGUCGAGCGGCCCGGUCGCGGCGGGCAAGCGCACGGCGGGGCCCUGGGGCGACUACGGCCGCUGCGACGCGCCCGUCAAGCUCCUGGAGAACACGCUGCAGCACAUCGCCAAGGCGCACCCGGACCUGGACGGCAUCCUGUGGACGGGUGACCUGCAGCCGCACGACAUCUGGAACCAGACGCGUGAGGAGAGUCUGCACAUCUUGCGCCUCACCACGGACCUCAUCCUCAAGACGUUCCCCGGCGUGCCCGUGUUCCCCGCGCUGGGCAACCACGAGGCGGUGCCCGUCAACAGCUUCUCGCCGUCCUCCGUGAAGGGCCGCUUCUCCAUGAACUGGCUGUACGACGAGGUGGCCUCGCAGUGGUCCCACUGGCUGCCCGCCAACCAGACCGGCCUGGUGCGUCGCGGCGCCUUCUACAGCGUCCUCUUCAAGCCGGGCCUGCGCGUCGUGUCCAUCAACACCAACUUCUGCAACGACAAGAACUGGUGGCUGCUGCUCAACAGCGACGACCCUGACCAGGAGCUGCACUGGCUGGUCGAGGAGCUGCACCGCGCCGAGGUCGCCGGCGAGAAGGUGCUGGUCGUGGGCCACAUCCCGCCGGGCACCCCGGAGUGCCGCUCCGUCUGGAGCAGGAACCUGGACGAGAUCCUUUUCCGGUACGAGAGCACGGUGAGCGGGCUGUUCUUCGGCCACAACCACUGGGACGAGUUCCAGCUCUUCUUCGACCGCACCAACCCGGACAAGCUGCGGCCGUACGCCGUCGCCUACGUGUCGCCCUCCGUCACCCCGUACGAGAAGCCCAACCCGGCCUACCGCGUCUACUACCUGGACGGCGAGCGCCCGGACUCGACAUACAGCGUGCUGGACCACGACACCUGGACCAUGGACCUGAAGGCCGCCAACCGCGAAGGCUCCCCGCAGUGGAUGCGGCUCUACAGCGCGCGCCGCGCCUACGACAUGGCCUCGCUCACGCCCGCCAGCUGGACCAAGCUCGUGCGCGACAUGGCCACCAACGACGACCUCUUCGACUCGUUCUACAGGAACUACUACCGGGACAGCGCGGAGCGGCCGGCGUGCGACAACCAGUGCCGGAGGAAGAUCCUGUGCCAGCAGCUGCAGGGCAGGUCCAGGGAUACCGCCCCUUGUCAGGUGUGUUUAGGAGGAUGGUUCGAAGGAAAACCUGGCAAAUUUGGCAACCGCUGGGUAGGACGUCCGUUGGCAGGCAUUGCCAAGAACACAGCUCAUAAACUCUACCUUCCUAUGGAAAUCAGUGGAGAGAAUGUUCCAGAGGUGAGCGUGAAGGCAACUGAAACUUCAUCAACUCAAGAGCCUGAGCCUGAGCCUGAGGUUUCAUCCACACCACCAUCACCGCCAUCAUCGAGUGCAAAUUCAUCGAAGCCUGGAAUGGUGCUUAUGUCUAUUGUUCUAGCUUUUUCUUCUGCAUGGUCAUUUGGGAGGUACCUUUGAGCUGAACAUUGGGAGGACGCAUGUGAUAACAGCAGCUGGGUAACUUCCAUAAGUUUGAAAUAAUGAACAAGAACUGAGCUAUUUCUAAUGAUUUGGGACAUGUCAGUGGAGGAAGAAAACACUCUGAAUCUCAAAGAUUUCUCAUGGAAGUCAUUUACAAUUAAGAGAAAUCUUAACUCAAUUGUGAUACUUUUAAGGUAACUAGAAUAAGUCUUUGUAAGAGAAAGUGUAUUUUCAUUAAAGAAAUUUUUACCCUACCUGUAUCCUUAGUCUGGAUACAUUGGAGAAAGUAUAUACAGUAAUGUUAAAAGAACUGCAAUCCUGGAACAUUUUUAAAUUGAUGCCAUGUGAUGUUUUAAUUUCCACAUUGUGAUAGUAGUUGUUUUUUAUGUCAAUGUAAAUAAACAUACCAUACGAACAUA